CGCUAUUAGGAUCGUCCACACAGCGUCCUCCACGUGUCCCAGUUCAACCUUCAACCACUCAUAAUCCUCCACGUGUGCUAGGCCCCUCGCUGUUAUUCAGUCGACGCCCCUUCCGCUCCUCGCUCUUCCUCCUCCUCGCAUUUCUUCUCAGCACCCGUUUCGUCGCCUGCUCCGUCGCCAAACCUCUUCGCGAUCCUUUUCGCGAGCCUUUUCGCGAGCCAGGCCGCCGGCGCCUGGCAGAGGACGGCCUCAGCGGUCUUCACGAGAAGCUCGGCGCGCUGUGGGACAUGGCCAGCCGCGUCUCGCUUAACGGGACUGUCAUUAUCGCGUCCUCAAAUGCAGGCUACGAGGACAUGUUGGAGAACUGGGUGUUGCAUCUGGAGCGGGUGGGUCUGGGGCGCCACUUCAUAGUCUUUGCGGCAGACAACAAGAGCCUCCACUUCGCCCAGUCCAAAUGGCCCGGCCAGGCCAUCCAUCUGGACUUGAGUGGGCAGUUUGGGGAGGAAGAGAAAGCGGACGUGGAGGGUGCAUCACGCAUCGGGUCGGCGGCCUUUCACCGCGUGGCGUCGCACCGGGCCGUGUACAUCCACCACCUGCUGGCCUUCGGCUUCUCUGUGCUCUACAGCGACAUCGACAUCGCCUUCCUCCACAACCCCCUCCCCUUCUUCCAAAAGCCACACUCCCUCCCUUCUUCCAAAAGCCACACUCCCCACCUGCUGCGGCUGCUGCUGAAUCCUCCUUCCAGCCCAGCGGCAGCAGCGGCAGCGGCAGCAGGGGCAGUAGCAGCGACUUUAACAUAGGAAAUUCCACUCCUGGCGAUGGCGGUACGGACGCUACUGGCGACUUUGACAUGUUUCUCACGCACGACCACUACAUACAGCAGCCGUCGCCCUACACGGAGCCAAUUUCCCCCUCCCAUCUGAACGGGCAGCCGCUCUUCUGCAGCGGCUUCCUCUUCUUCCGCCCCACCGCCGCCACCAAGUCCCUCGUGGGCAACUGGGCGUUUCGGAUGGCCAAGUUGGGCCGGCAGGCGGGGUUGGACCAGGACCACUUGAACUCUGUCAUGCAGUGGAUGUUCCAGGGACGGGUUCUGCCUCGGCUGGGCGUGCUGCCGCCGCUGCAGUUCCCCUCGGGGGAGCUGAUGCAGCGGCACUGGGAGGUGUUUGAGGAGGUGCGGCCGAGAGUGGUGAUGGUGCAUGCGAAUUAUUUGACGGGGAAGGAGGCGAAGAUCGCGGGGCUGAAACGGGCGGGAGUGUGGCGGGUGAAAGAGGAGGGGA